GGAUAAAAGCUGAUUAUGGAAAGGAAAAAGAGGUAUGAUAUCGCGGUCCCCCCCACCUUGGAGCCGGCGCUGCGAAUGGCGUGUUCCGAGGCCGCAGCUUCCGCCGGCGCCGGAGGUUGGACGUGCAUCUGCCCUUGGUCUUGGGGUCGGGCUGGCACCGAGGCCGCAGCAUUCAGGAUGAAUUUAAUUCAGCUUGUGCGUGACCACUGGGUACAUAUACUUGUCCCUAUGGGAUUUGUCGUUGGAUGUUAUCUAGACAGAAAGAGUGAAGAAAAGCUAACUGCCUUCCGGAACAAGAGUUUGUUAUUUAAAAGAGAACUGAGACCCAAUGAAGAAGUCACCUGGAAGUGAAGGCUGUGGCUGAGUUACAGAAUGGCCACAUUUUGUAAAUUAUCAGAAAAAUAAAAAAACUGAACAAUUU